AUGGCGCCAGAGACGCGCAAACGUAAGCAUCCUCACGGCGUUGGUGUUCGAGAUGACAUGUCGAUUGAUGGCUUCACAACCAAAUCUGACGAUCUGGAGCUGUCAGACAUCCUGAAUACUGCUGAGCACACGAGCGAGCCCUUCACAAGCCCUGAUUUCCUCGACGAAAUCUUACCUGAAGCUUUAGCUAAGCUUGAUGACCCUGAGCUCAAUGACGAGAUGCGGCAGAUUCUCGACAAUGCCACUCCAACACCGCAGCGCUUCUUUACCCCUGAUCCGGAGACUGGCUCGCAGCUCGCCAGCAUGUCCUUCGACAGCCUUCAUCCGUCAUCAGACUGGAUCCGAGACGAUGGUCGUGGCAGUCUUGAUGUUCUGCGUAUCAUGCAUCCUUCUGAUCGCUUCCUUGCCGCAAUUGAUGCCGACAGACCAAGAGAUGCGAUCGCCUACAGCUACAUGGCAAUCAGAAAUGUGGACGACCGAACCCGCGACAUUAAAAACCAGGUUAACAGCUUGGAAGCCCAGCAAUCACACUCAGUGUUUCUCCACGAGGCUUGUGCCGAGACGUCCAAGCUGGCUUAUGAUACUGCUACAAAGACCAAUGAACGCACUUAUGAGCGGAUCUGCGACCACCGUGUUCGACUCGAGGAGCUUGAGGACAAAUACAAGGCCCAAGACGUGAGAAUUGCUGUUUUAGAGGCUAUCAUCAAGAUUCAGAACGCCAAGCAAGACUUGUUGUUAGCAACACUGAAUAAAACACUAGAUGCUCACAUGGCUGGGGAGUUAUCCAUUGCUCUCAAAAACUUGGCCAUGUAG